AUGCCUAACAGAGUACCAGUGGACAUCUCGCGGUGGGCGAGAACGGACUGGUGGAGGCGCAGACCUAGUGUGGACGAAUUGAUCCUUCUCCACCAUGAACUACACCAACUUGACAAAUUCGCGCAAGUCAUGUACCUGUACCCCUUUGGGAAAGAUACAAUGGCGAGGACAAUCGAAGAAUUAAUCACAAGAAAGGACUAUGAAUUCUUCUUCGCAAGAUUACAAUCGUCGAACCAGAUCGUGGGGUGGGUAGCGUUAAGCUUUGAUAUCGAGGGAAAGGAAGUGGAAAACAGGGCCGACUAUGGAGCAAGACUGGAAUGGACGGCAAUGUGUUCGCACAUACUUAAAUUGUGGCAAUUCGAUAGCGCUGGCAAAAAAAUCAACGUUUGGGACACGAUCAAGCAGGCUUCUUCCAGUUUGCAGGCCAAACAUCUUCCUCAUGAUCAUUGCAUUAUUAACACAUUUGUCUUGCAUCCAGAUUUCCAAAAGGCAGGCGUCGCAAAUGGCUUGCUUGAGCACGCCGUCGAGUUAUGGUCGGAACAGAAUGGGCGACAUGGGUGCAAGCUCCGUACUUCGCUCGAAAUCUGUACAAGAGAUGGCUUCGAAGAAGUCGGUGACUACGCAAUUGAUCUGGGUGAUUAUGGGUUUUGGCCCAAGGAAAAGAGAACGAUUGUUGGAAAGUAUGUCUGGAAGUUCAUGGUCCUACGCGGGGCGAGUGGUUUAGCGACCGAAGAACCUGAGGGAGCACGGAAACAUGAUAACGGAAAAAGCAAGGAGCAACAACUGGAGAAUGUGAGAGAGCAUGUUGCUGCACGGAAACUCGACAAAGGUGAAGACGAUUACCUAGCGGGUGGAGAACCCUCAGAACAUGACGAAGAACGAACUAAAUGGGAAGAGGCGGAGCAACGACUCGAAGAAAUACGUUCUAGGCGAGGCCUGCCUCCAUUGCCUGGAGAGGUGGCAUGCAUGAGCAGAAUCCAAUGUAGAGCUGAAAAUCGAGGACAUGAUCCUACAGGUCUAUCGAAAGGCAAGGGCGUGGAGAAACGAUCCAGAGACGCACGAACUGGGACGCCCGGGGAGCCGCUGAGACGCCCGCUUCAAAGUAACGCCGAAGUCACAGGUCAACCACAAGACGAUUUCUGGCCAACGGGGUCGGAGGAAGACCUCAUCGAAGUGAUGAGAACGGGAGGGAUAGAUGAAGAGGAGAUCAAACUGGUAGAAGCUCUGGCAUUUAGCUUGAGCAAUGAAGAAACGGACUUCCCUUCCCAAAUGUGUUUCCGUACCGUUCAUAUGGAAUUGGCUAAUUGA